AUGAAGAGCAACCCCAAUCAGAUGGAGCUUGAUGAUGAUGAUUUUGAGGGUGAUGUUGGUGAUGACUUGUUUACUGAGGAUGUAGGAAAGACUGUACUUGAGGAGUUAAACAGGACAAUUGGUGGAAGAGAUGCUACAACUGAAGAGGGAAAUAUAAUAAAGGCUGCUGAAGCUAAUGAUGAAUAUGAUGAGGAAGAUCUACAGUCAGAGAAGUUAGAAGAAGGAUCAGAUGAGUAUCCUGUGUUCAAUCCUAAUAUUGAUUUUGCAAGAAAAAUUACUUUGAAAGCUGGUUUAAUUUUUUCUAAUGUGAGAAUUUUAAGACUUGCUAUACAACAACGUGCCAUUGAAAACAAAUAUGAUUUCUACUCCUUGCACAACUACACAAAGAGGUUUGAUGCUUUUUGUGUAGAUCGGUGUGACAAGUGUGCAUGGAAUAGGGUGAGAGGGAAAAGAGUUAAGUCUACUUGUGACAAGUUGAAUUGCACUUUUCAUUUAUAUUCUAGUAAGUUAAGGGGAGAGGAAAGUAUGCAUAUCAAGACUUCUAGGCUAGAGCAUCAGUGUUGGAAUAAGCAUCAAACAAAGAAGCUUACUUCCAAGUUUUCAGCUGAGAGAUAUUUUGAGGUUUGGAGGGGGUAUCCUGAGGUGGACUUGGUUAAGGGCUUACAACACAAAAUCAAGGAAGACUUUGGAAUAGUUGUGGGGUAUCAAAAAUGUUGUUAUACUAGGGCAAGAGCAAAAGUUAUGUUGUACGGAGAUGGUGUUGAUCAAUACAAAAGAGUUUAUGACUAUGCAAAUGCAGUGAGGAAGCAUAAUCCUGGGAGUUCAGCACUUGAAGCUGGAUGUAGGCCAAUAAUAGGGAUGGAUGGGUGUCAUUUGACAGGAGCAUAUCAUGGUUUCUUGACCAAUCUUAAGGAAUGCCUGGGCACAGAUGAUGGAAAGGGCUACACAUUCAUGUCUGAUAGGCAGAAGGGACUUAUAAGAGCCCUUGAUAAGAUUGUACCUGAGGCACAUACAAGCUUGCAGACAAAGUUUAAAGAGAAGAUGAAUGAACUAAAAGAACUUAAUGUAGAGGCUUAUGAGUACAUGGCUUCAAUACCAUCAAAUGCAUGGAGUAGGAGAUGUAUCAUGCAAAGACACCAUAAGAAAAGGGAAGGGUUAAAUUCAAUAGAGGGUGGUAUUUUGCCUUAUGUUAAGAAACAAUUUGAAUGGUUUGCUGAGACAUACAAAAGUUGUAUUGUUAGAGUAGCUAGUAGCACAUUGUUUGAGGUUGAUUUUAAGGAACAAACUUGUUUAGUUGAUUUGGAUGAGAGGCCUUGUAGCUGUUUUAGAUGCAGAGCCAGUUAUGCUAAGGCGUAUGCUCCAAUAAUCAAACCUAUGCCUGGUGCUUCUGAUUGGGGAAAGACCCUUCACUAG